CUCGGUGUGGCGCGCGCGGGCCGAGAGCACUGGAGCCCCAUGGAGCCCCCCGCGUUCCCCGCCGGCGCCGGCGGCCUCCAGACCGUGAGGGCUGCGCCCGGUAGUGACGCCGACCUAGUACUCCCUCCGCCUAACGGCACACCACCUUUCCACUACGUAUGGAGCCGUGCGGGAGCGUCGUUGGACGAUCGCUUCAGGGCAUCAGAGGACGCGGGCGGCGUUCGCUUGACGGUCUCCGCUGCUCGCACUGGCGACAGUGGUAUUUAUACGCUGCAAGCCAGCAAUGCUGCCGGUAAGGACACACGCCGCCUGCGAUUGGAGGUAUCAGCAGAGGAGACGCCCAGCGGCGACGAUCCGCCGACCUUCCUCCGACGUCUACAAGACCUCACUGUCAAGGUCGGCACACGGACUCGUUUCCUCGUCGAAAUCGUCAGCUCCACUGAAUGCAAGGUGACAUGGUAUCGGAACGAGCGGCGGCUGAUGGAGGCGGAGCGCGUGUCGCUGGUUCGCGAUGGUAACUUUUGGUGCGCGGACGUGGCCGCGGUGAGCGUGGACGACGCGGGUCGCUGGACUUGCACCGCAGAAAACAUCGGCGGGAGAGCCAGCUGCUCAGCGCAUCUUAACGUACUUGUACCAAAGGCGUACAAGCGGCCAGAGUUCGUGGAGGAGCUCCGUGCCGUAUUGACUGAACAGGGCACCGUGUCGUUGGAGUGCAAGGUCGUGGGGGUUCCGACGCCGAUAUUGCGCUGGUUCAAGGACAGCCGCGAGAUAAAGGCUGGUGAUGUGUUCGCACUCACAGCUAAUGCCGAAGAUCCAACUUCGCUGGGCACAUACACUUGCGAAGCUGUGAACUGCAUGGGUCGCGCCUACUCAUCCUCAAAGGUUCACGUCAUCGGCCGCGGAUCAAGAGAUGGAUCCCUUCGACCUGGCCAAUCUGGAGGUGUAUCCCCAGAGCCGCCUCUGAUAUUCACAAAAGAGCUGGAGGCACAAUCGGUUAAGAUUUGUGAUCCUCUGACCUUGAGUUGCCACAUCGUCGUCCCGCCUUGGCCUCGGAGUGUCGUCUGGUACAACAAAGAAGGCAAAAUUGAACCAAACGAAAGGUAUCACGUGACAGAGGACGGCGUAGGGGGCUACCUAGUAGAAGUCACCAGUUCGGAGUGGCGAGACGAAGGGGAGUGGAAGUGUGUCGCGACCAGCGCGGGUGGACGCCUCGGCAUCACCACGUGCUAUGUCACUAUGGAGGUGCCGAAGAAUUUCCGCAAGCCUAGGUUUAUGGAAAAUUUACAAGCCAUACUCACUGAGGAAGGACUAGUAUCCUUUGAAUGCAAAGUUGUUGGCUUCCCAACACCAGUUUUAAGUUGGUUUAAAGAUGGUCAAGAACUCAAGCCAGGCGAUGUAUACCAGCUCACUGGUACCAAUUCUUUAGGCUCUUAUUGUUGCAUAGCCAGAAAUUGUAUGGGACAAGCCAGUAGCUCUGCAGAACUGACAGUAGAAGAUAUACAGAACCAAUUAAAUGAAGAAGAAAAGUUACAAUUGUUCUCAAAAAAUCAGGCGCCGAAAUUUCUUCAAGGUUUAAAAAGUAUGGAAGCAAGAAUCGAUGAACCAUUCCGUUUUACAGUUAAAGUUGCCAUUCCGCCUGAGCCAUCGGUCCUAUGGUACCGAGAUGAUCAACCCGUCGAUGAUUCACCGCGUUGUCACCUUGAUAAAGAAGAGAAGGGAGGAUUCUUUCUUGAUAUUCGAAAUCUUGAAUUUUUAGAUCAGGCAGAAUGGAAAUGUGUUGCUAUCAAUGACUUUGGCCAUAGUGUUACCUCAUGCUUUUUAAAGUUGAUAAUUCCUCGUCAUUACAAAAAACCACGAUUCCUAGAAAAUUUACAAGCAAUUUUAUCUGAUGAAGGAGCAGUGAAUUUAGAAUGUAAAGUAAUUGGAGUCCCCCAACCUGUAUUAAAGUGGUACAAAGAUGGAGAAGAGUUAAAACCUGGCGAUAUUCAUAGAAUAAUAUCCGGUCAAGAUGGUACCUGUUGCUUAGGUACUUAUACUUGUGAAGCACAAAAUUGCAUGGGCAUUGCAGCCAGUUCGGCUUCACUCCUCGGAUUUGACGAUUCGACAAAAACUAAAAGCAAAAAGAAAAUAGAAGAACAGACAUUGCAAAGAAAUUUAUCCCUUAGCACUAUUCAUGAAGAACGAACAUCACAAAUGUACGAUACACCUGUUGGAGAUAUAACUUUGGACGAUAAAGGAGAAAUUUCAUUUUCUUUUGACGGAAAGGAAGUCUCAGUUUCAUUGUAUGAGACGCCUGAUUUGACGGAAGAAGAAGCAUUACAAAUAGUUGAAAUGUAUGCUGAUCAAUUAUCUGAAAAUAUCACAGAGCAUAAUGUUGUUGAAUUACCUCCUUUAAGGUUUGUGAAAGAAACAUCUAAUUCUGGUAAUUUACUAAUGGAGGCGAUAAUAAUUGACGUCUCACCAGAAUAUUUUGCUUCACCUGAAGAAGACCUGAGGACAGAAGCAGAUAUUGAAGACAUUUCUAUUGCCGAUGAAAACGUACCUUCCCAACUUUCUUUCGAUCAAGACCUAGAAGAAAAAUAUUUACCCGUCAUUUCUGAUGACAAAUAUGAAAUUUCUCAGCAAUUAAAUAGAAAAAAGUCGGAUUCUCAGAAAAGCGCUGAUGAGUAUUUUAGUUUAUCUCGCGAUCAUUCCUUAUCCGAAGAAAAAAGGGAUGACAAUACCGAAGUGAUAUCUGAAAGUGAUUUACUUAGUUUUGCAAGUGCCCAUAGUUCCGGAAAACCAAAAACAAAAACUAAUAAAAUAUCACCUAAAGUUGCCAUUGAGCCAUUAGAAGAUAAGAAUGUCCCUAGGAUAAAAUCGGAAAGAAAAAGUAGUUGCAGUUCUAGGAGAUCAAGUACGGAAAGCGAAAAAUCAUUAACUAAACGUAGGGAAGACAUGAUAGAAAAGCAGAUAAAUCCAAUCGAACAAACAAUACCCAAAAAUAAGUUAAAAGAAACUGUUGUUAGCAUAAGUACAUCUCUUGAUAUUUUGGUUAAAGAUGUACAAAAACUUGAGAAUGAAAUAAUCUUAAAAUCUGAAUAUAUGUCGUCUAUUAUUACAGCGUCAAAGAGUGUUGAAAUUAUAAAUAGUGUACUAUCGCCAUUAUCUGAAAUAAAUACGAUAAUUGAUGAACUUAAUGUGUGUCUAAUGGAAAAUAGUGAAGUCAAUACAUGUUUAUAUAAUGUGGCGCAAUCUUUAAAAUCUCUGCAACAGGCGCUUACCAUUAUUGAAAAAUGUAUCGACGUUGAGAGCGAGAAUAAAACUCUUGUGAAGAAAACAUGUGUGUUACUAAUUGAAAAAUGUGGCAAUCAGUUCCAAGAACUUAUGAGGCUAAUGAAGUUAAUAAAAACAAAUGGCCGUGGCAUAGUAGAUAAUAAGGUAUUGUUUGACAUUGAAUCAAUAUCUAACGAAAUUAUUACUAUUGUUAAUUUUACGGCUGGAACUAUAAAAACAAAUAAUUUACUUAUUGAGGCUGAUAAAUUACAAGUCGAAGAAUUAUCUAUUGAUGUAAAACAUUUAAGAGACACUCAAAAAGGCAUACAAGAACUUAAAAGACCGCUUAUUUCGUUACUCAACAUUGUAAAAAAUGCAGAACUGGAAACAUCGAAAGAGAUUCCAUAUAUAAAUGAUAGUUCAGUCAUACUUGCAGAUAUGUCGGCAUCAAUUCAGGAUUUGCAAUUUGCGCUAGAACAAAUUGAGGUACUGUCAAUAAAAGAAGACUCAAUACCUUUGAACAAAUAUAACACAGAAAUUAUAAACUCCGUUUUGAAUCCUGUACUUGAAUUAAGAAAUUCGUUUGAACAACUUUCUGCGGAAAGUAAAUACAUUCAAGAUAAAACUACAUUAAACCAAAAAUUAGCCAGUGUUAAAAGUAAUAUUAAUGUCAUAUUUUCACAUUUAAGUAGUAUUGAAGAAAAUGUGGGGGCUUUUGAUAUUUUGCAAAACGAUAAUAAAUUAGAGACACUUCAAAAAAUGGCCAAUAUUUUAAUAUUAUUAGAGAGUAAUUUAACAAUUUUAGAUCAUGUGCCAUCUGUAAAAGAAGAUUUAAGUCUAUUACAUAAAAAGCUAACGAAAAUCUUAGAAAACGUGAUCGAAAGUAAUGAGGCAAAGAAAUAUUAUGAUUUUGUAGAAGUUUGUGACGUUGUAAAAGGAAUUAAUAACUUUAUUCAAAAUGACGACUCUCAUGGAAAUCUCAAUUUGGCCAGUAUUAGCAAUGCACUUAACAUUAUCAAAGAUUGCUUAGUCAGAAAUAUUUUUGAUCCGGAUUUAAAUAAUUCCGUAAUUACCAUCAUAUCUAAACUACAAAUUUCCAUUCAAGAAAAAUUAAAUCAAGAAGAGCAUGAAACUUUUAAUUAUGAGUAUGAAUAUCUACAGCUGACAUCAGAACAUGUAAAUGAUGGAAGUAAAGCAAAAUCUGUAAUGGAGCAUAUAGAGCGGACUCUAGUAUCUAUUGCUACAGUUACAUCUUAUCAAUCAGUGGGAGAUUCAAAUACGGCUGUCUUGCAGCCGUUGGAAAACGUAGUUCCAGUUUUAGAAGAACUUAAGAAUGUUAUAGCAUCUAUGAACUUUAGCGGGAUGGAAUGUGUAGAACAUGUGUCUGAAAUUACGGAGGUAACAUCUCAAUCAGUGGAAAUUUUAGCUAAACCCCUUUUUGAAAUUAAUCGACAUGUAUCAGUUCUAAGUGAAGUCUUAUUGGAAGACCCCGAAAGCAUAAAAGGAAACCAUCCAGUUUCUAUAUUUGCUCAAGCUUUAAACGAAUUGUGUGAGACUUUAGAAAUCCUACAACAUGAUAUUAUUUCACAACUUGGAGAAUAUCCUCAUCGUUCGUUUUCUCUUAAUUUUGCCGAUACUGUUCAAAGUUUGCACAGUGCCAUCUUGAUGAUACAAAAUAAUGUCGAGUUAGAAGUUCCUGAUGAGCUAUCAACUUUGGAAGAUAUAUCAGGUUUGAAGACUACAGCAGAUACGGUGCAGUCAGAUCACUUGGCAAUCCCAAUUAUCGAACAUAAGAAAAUACAAGAAAUUUUAGACCCAACCACAGAAAUAACCCCAAAGUCUUCCUUGGUCCACAUUUUACAUUUAUUAAAUAAAAAAAUAAUAUUACUGCAGAAUCCACAGAUUGAGGAAAUUUUAGAAAAAAUAUCUAAAAGCAAAUUGCCUCACAGCUUAUCACUUCCUACAGAAUUGGCUAACUUACAAUCAGUAAUUCAAGAAAUUUUACAUCCAAUGAUGUCACAAAGUUCAGAAAAUGUUUUAGCUGUAACAACUAUCAUUGAAAUAGGUUCACUGUCUGAAUCUAUGAUUGCAUUACAACAGAUGUUAUCACAAAUUAUUACUGAAAACAUUCCAAGUUUAGAAGGUAUUGUAGAUAUAUCAUCGGACUUAAUACAUUCCGUUCACCUAUCCAUUGCAGAACUCAGAGACCACCUCGAUAAGUGUAUAAAAGUAAUAUUUCCAGCAUUAAACGUUGCCGAUAUAACUAUUAAUGUUUCAAAUAAUAUUGCGACUUUAAAAGAAACGUGUGAAUUGUUGUGUGAUUUAAUAGCUGACUCUAGCACAUCUACUAAGGCUUUUAACGAGAAAUUAAAAACUUUAAACUUUACAACAAAACAAUUAUUAGACGCAUUCGAUGGUUCGAAGAAGAUUGACGUCAAAAAAAUAAAGCAUCUCAUUGAAGAACUUUACAAAGAAAGUUUAUAUGUCGAAGAAGAUAUUUUAUCUCUUGCACCAUUGUCAAUAAAAGAAAUGGAAGAAGAAGCCCAUUUGCUAGAAGCUUUACAUAAGAUCGAAUCAUCUAUUACUAUUUUAGAACAGUAUGAAUAUAUAAGUUUAUCUAACACUUUUAAUUUACAUAAUUGUACGCCACAACGACUUAAAGAAAUAGACCCUCAGAUACUGUGCCAAUUAGACGAUAUUUUGAUUACCACUUCUAAUGUUAUGCACAAUUUGGAAAAUCAUUACGAAGUUCAAGAAGAUAUUAAAAGUUUUAUUGCCAUGUGUCAAAAAAAAUUUGUUGUCCUUCGUUCCUCAAUAAAUAAAAAUAUUACAUACAAAGGUAUCAUUAGAUUGUAUCAAGAAUUUAUUUUUAUGCAUAAUUUAAUAAAUUUAUUCAAAGAAAAUAUAUUAGUAUUGAGUAUGCCUCGUGACGUAGAACAAGUCGUUACAGAGUUUCUUAAAAACAUAAACAAUGUCUUGGAUAGAGUAAGAAUAUGUGUUAUAAAAAUAUUAGAAAAGAAAAUGGAAUUAAUAUUUACUACCCCGAAGAAAUCUCUGACGAACAACUGUGAAAAACUUGCUGAAGACGUCAUAACUGUCGGUUCGUCAGAUUUAACAAAUUUACUACAAGCCUUUUUAAAUGCCAAAGAGAUUAUUUUGCCAAGUUUGUAUGAUUUAGACGUUGUUAUUAUAAAAGAUUUGAAUUUAAAAGUAUCAAACUAUGAAAUAAGUAAAACGGAAGAGAACAUUAUAAAUGAAUGGGAAAAUUUUGAGAUAAUUUUUGAAAAAUACAUUUUAAUGAAUCUGUCGAAUGCUAACCAAAAGCAACAAAUGGAUAAGGCGAAUCAAUGCAUUCAAAGGUAUCAUAACGUUAAAGAUUCAAUUGGAAGAGCAAAACAAUUGAUUCUAUUGCAAUGUAUGGCUGAAUGUUCUGAAAUUCUAAAGGAUAUUGUUUUAGGAAGUAAGGAAUUACAAAAUGUUAAUUUGCAGAAGCAACAACUUCUUGAAAUUUCGUUGUCACAGAUCUACACAGAACUUUUUGUUUUAUGUGAGAAACUAAAAGGAAACAACAAAAAAAUUCUGGCAAAAAAUACCGACGCUUCUUUAGAUUCGUAUAUUUUUAAUCUAAAUGAAAAGUUAUGUAAAUUCAUCGUAGAGCUUGAACAAACACAUCGUUUAAUAAUAACAAGUGAAGUUAAAUUGAUAAUUUUGAAAGUAUGUAAUGAGAUACAUAGUGUAAAAAAACACUUAAAAUCUCUCGAAGGCCAAAUAAUUCCGAUGACUAUCAACAAUUUUGUAAAUACCGUAGAUAAAAUUGAAAAACUAAUUACUGUAAUAUUUUCACAAGAAGCAGAAAAUGUGCAAAUUCAAGAAAUAGGUAAAUUGAUGGAUCACAUCAAUGAGUUUGUGUCUCAAGAUACCAUAGAAGUUAUCAACAAAAUAGCGAUCUCAUCAAACUUUAUCGAUGCCGAUAAAACAGUGAAGCUAGCAACAGAACUUAAAGAAAAUAUUUCGGCUAUUAUGUUACCACCAGAAAUCCGUUUAUCCGAAGAAACUCUCAAAGAAAAUCUUAGCAAAUCAGAUAUAUCUUUGGCAUUUGAACUUCAGCAAGCUUUGUCGAUUGUAACAACGGAAAUCUACGAAAAAGCUGAAGAACUCGCUUCACAAUUUGAUGGUAUUAAUGUGCAACAAGUACAGAGUAAUCUGACUAGUUUGUCUUCCGAUCUUAAUGCUCUCAUUACGUCAGCUCAAGUGGUUGACAAGAAAGACGAUGUAAAAGAAGCAGUGGUUGAAAGUGAAAACGACAUUGUUUUAGAAACCGUUACAGAAGGCGAAGCACACAAAAAGGAAAGAGAUGAGAGUAAUAUCGGUCAAAUGAUGGAGCACAUCAAUGAGUUUGUGUCUCAAGAUACCAUAGAAGUUAUCAACAAAAUAGCGAUCUCAUCAAACGUUAUCGAUGCCGAUAAAACAGUGAAGCUAGCAACAGAACUUAAAGAAAAUAUUUCGGCUAUUAUGUUACCACCAGAAAUCCAUUUAUCCGAAGAAACUCUCAAAGAAAAUCUUAGCAAAUCAGAUAUAUCUUUGGCAUUUGAACUUCAGCAGGCUUUGUCGAUUGUAACAACGGAAAUCUACGAAAAAGCUGAAGAACUCGCUUCACAAUUUGAUGGUAUUAAUGUGCAACAAGUACAGAGUAAUCUGACUAGUUUGUCUUCCGAUCUUAAUGCUCUCAUUACGUCAGCUCAAGUGGUUGACAAGAAAGACGAUGUAAAAGAAGCAGUGGUUGAAAGUGAAAACGCCAUUGUUUUAGAAACCGUUUCAGAAGGUGAAGUACACAAAGAGGAAAAAGAAGAGAGUAAUAUCGGUAAAUUGAUGGAGCACAUCAAUGAGUUUGUGUCUCAAGAUACCAUAGAAGUUAUCAACAAAAUAGCGAUCUUAUCAAACGUUAUCGAUGCCGAUAAAACAGUGAAGCUAGCAACAGAACUGAAAGAAAAUAUUUCGGCUAUUAUGAUACCACCAGAAAUCCAUUUAUCCGAAGAAACUCUCAAAGAAAAUCUUAGCAAAUCAGAUAUAUCUUUGGCAUUUGAACUUCAGCAGGCUUUGUCGAUUGUAACAACGGAAAUCUACGAAAAAGCUGAAGAACUCGCUUCACAAUUUGAUGGUAUUAAUGUGCAACAAGUACAGAGUAAUCUGACUAGUUUGUCUUCCGAUCUUAAUGCUCUCAUUACGUCAGCUCAAGUGGUUGACAAGAAAGACGAUGUAAAAGAAGCAGUGGUUGAAAGUGAAAACGCCAUUGUUUUAGAAACCGUUACAGAAGGCGAAGCACACAAAAAGGAAAGAGAUGAGAGUAAUAUCGGUAAAAUGAUGGAGCACAUCAAUGAGUUUGUGUCUCAAGAUACCAUAGAAGUUAUCAACAAAAUAGCGAUCUCAUCAAACGUUAUCGAUGCCGAUAAAACAGUGAAGCUAGCAACAGAACUGAAAGAAAAUAUUUCGGCUAUUAUGUUACCACCAGAAAUCCAUUUAUCCGAAGAAACUCUCAAAGAAAAUCUUAGCAAAUCAGAUAUAUCUUUGGCAUUUGAACUUCAGCAGGCUUUGUCGAUUGUAACAACGGAAAUCUACGAAAAAGCUGAAGAACUCGCUUCACAAUUUGAUGGUAUUAAUGUGCAACAAGUACAGAGUAAUCUGACCAGUUUGUCUUCCGAUCUUAAUGCUCUCAUUACGUCAGCUCAAGUGGUUGACAAGAAAGACGAUGUAAAAGAAGCAGUGGUUGAAAGUGAAAACGCCAUUGUUUUAGAAACCGUUACAGAAGGCGAAGCACACAAAAAGGAAAGAGAUGAGAGUAAUAUCGGUAAAAUGAUGGAGCACAUCAAUGAGUUUGUGUCUCAAGAUACUAUAGAAGUUAUCAACAAAAUAGCGAUCUCAUCAAACGUUAUCGAUGCCGAUAAAACAGUGAAGCUAGCAACAGAACUUAAAGAAAAUAUUUCGGCUAUUAUGUUACCACCAGAAAUCCGUUUAUCCGAAGAAACUCUCAAAGAAAAUCUUAGCAAAUCAGAUAUAUCUUUGGCAUUUGAACUUCAGCAGGCUUUGUCGAUUGUAACAACGGAAAUCUACGAAAAAGCUGAAGAACUCGCUUCACAAUUUGAUGGUAUUAAUGUGCAACAAGUACAGAGUAAUCUGACUAGUUUGCCUUCCCAUCUUAAUGCUCUCAUUACGUCAGCUCAAGUGGUUGACAAGAAAGACGAUGUAAAAGAAGCAGUGGUUGAAAGUGAAAACGCCAUUGUUUUAGAAACCGUUUCAGAAGGUGAAGUACACAAAGAGGAAAAAGAAGAGAGUAAUAUCGGUAAAAUGAUGGAGCACAUCAAUGAGUUUGUGUCUCAAGAUACCAUAGAAGUUAUCAACAAAAUAGCGAUCUCAUCAAACGUUAUCGAUGCCGAUAAAACAGUGAAGCUAGCAACAGAACUGAAAGAAAAUAUUUCGGCUAUUAUGUUACCACCAGAAAUCCAUUUAUCCGAAGAAACUCUCAAAGAAAAUCUUAGCAAAUCAGAUAUAUCUUUGGCAUUUGAACUUCAGCAGGCUUUGUCGAUUGUAACAACGGAAAUCUACGAAAAAGCUGAAGAACUCGCUUCACAAUUUGAUGAUAUUAAUGUGCAACAAGUACAGAGUAAUCUGACCAGUUUGUCUUCCGAUCUUAAUGCUCUCAUUACGUCAGCUCAAGUGGUUGACAAGAAAGACGAUGUAAAAGAAGCAGUGGUUGAAAGUGAAAACGCCAUUGUUUUAGAAACCGUUACAGAAGGCGAAGCACACAAAAAGGAAAGAGAUGAGAGUAAUAUCGGUAAAAUGAUGGAGCACAUCAAUGAGUUUGUGUCUCAAGAUACCAUAGAAGUUAUCAACAAAAUAGCGAUCUCAUCAAACGUUAUCGAUGCCGAUAAAACAGUGAAGCUAGCAACAGAACUUAAAGAAAAUAUUUCGGCUAUUAUGUUACCACCAGAAAUCCGUUUAUCCGAAGAAACUCUCAAAGAAAAUCUUAGCAAAUCAGAUAUAUCUUUGGCAUUUGAACUUCAGCAGGCUUUGUCGAUUGUAACAACGGAAAUCUACGAAAAAGCUGAAGAACUCGCUUCACAAUUUGAUGGUAUUAAUGUGCAACAAGUACAGAGUAAUCUGACUAGUUUGUCUUCCGAUCUUAAUGCUCUCAUUACGUCAGCUCAAGUGGUUGACAAGAAAGACGAUGUAAAAGAAGCAGUGGUUGAAAGUGAAAACGCCAUUGUUUUAGAAACCGUUUCAGAAGGUGAAGUACACAAAGAGGAAAAAGAAGAGAGUAAUAUCGGUAAAUUGAUGGAGCACAUCAAUGAGUUUGUGUCUCAAGAUACCAUAGAAGUUAUCAACAAAAUAGCGAUCUUAUCAAACGUUAUCGAUGCCGAUAAAACAGUGAAGCUAGCAACAGAACUAAAAGAAAAUAUUUCGGCUAUUAUGUUACCACCAGAAAUCCAUUUAUCCGAAGAAACUCUCAAAGAAAAUCUUAGCAAAUCAGAUAUAUCUUUGGCAUUUGAACUUCAGCAGGCUUUGUCGAUUGUAACAACGGAAAUCUACGAAAAAGCUGAAGAACUCGCUUCACAAUUUGAUGGUAUUAAUGUGCAACAAGUACAGAGUAAUCUGACUAGUUUGUCUUCCGAUCUUAAUGCUCUCAUUACGUCAGCUCAAGUGGUUGACAAGAAAGACGAUGUAAAAGAAGCAGUGGUUGAAAGUGAAAACGCCAUUGUUUUAGAAACCGUUACAGAAGGCGAAGCACACAAAAAGGAAAGAGAUGAGACUAAUAUCGGUCAAAUGAUGGAGCACAUCAAUGAGUUUGUGUCUCAAGAUACCAUAGAAGUUAUCAACAAAAUAGCGAUCUCAUCAAACGUUAUCGAUGCCGAUAAAACAGUGAAGCUAGCAACAGAACUGAAAGAAAAUAUUUCGGCUAUUAUGUUACCACCAGAAAUCCAUUUAUCCGAAGAAACUCUCAAAGAAAAUCUUAGCAAAUCAGAUAUAUCUUUGGCAUUUGAACUUCAGCAGGCUUUGUCGAUUGUAACAACGGAAAUCUACGAAAAAGCUGAAGAACUCGCUUCACAAUUUGAUGGUAUUAAUGUGCAACAAGUACAGAGUAAUCUGACCAGUUUGUCUUCCGAUCUUAAUGCUCUCAUUACGUCAGCUCAAGUGGUUGACAAGAAAGACGAUGUAAAAGAAGCAGUGGUUGAAAGUGAAAACGCCAUUGUUUUAGAAACCGUUACAGAAGGCGAAGCACACAAAAAGGAAAGAGAUGAGAGUAAUAUCGGUCAAAUGAUGGAGCACAUCAAUGAGUUUGUGUCUCAAGAUACCAUAGAAGUUAUCAACAAAAUAGCGAUCUCAUCAAACGUUAUCGAUGCCGAUAAAACAGUGAAGCUAGCAACAGAACUUAAAGAAAAUAUUUCGGCUAUUAUGUUACCACCAGAAAUCCGUUUAUCCGAAGAAACUCUCAAAGAAAAUCUUAGCAAAUCAGAUAUAUCUUUGGCAUUUGAACUUCAGCAGGCUUUGUCGAUUGUAACAACGGAAAUCUACGAAAAAGCUGAAGAACUCGCUUCACAAUUUGAUGGUAUUAAUGUGCAACAAGUACAGAGUAAUCUGACUAGUUUGUCUUCCGAUCUUAAUGCUCUCAUUACGUCAGCUCAAGUGGUUGACAAGAAAGACGAUGUAAAAGAAGCAGUGGUUGAAAGUGAAAACGCCAUUGUUUUAGAAACCGUUACAGAAGGUGAAGUACACAAAGAGGAAAAAGAAGAGAGUAAUAUCGGUAAAAUGAUGGAGCACAUCAAUGAGUUUGUGUCUCAAGAUACCAUAGAAGUUAUCAACAAAAUAGCGAUCUCAUCAAACGUUAUCGAUGCCGAUAAAACAGUGAAGCUAGCAACAGAACUUAAAGAAAAUAUUUCGGCUAUUAUGUUACCACCAGAAAUCCGUUUAUCCGAAGAAACUCUCAAAGAAAAUCUUAGCAAAUCAGAUAUAUCUUUGGCAUUUGAACUUCAGCAGGCUUUGUCGAUUGUAACAACGGAAAUCUACGAAAAAGCUGAAGAACUCGCUUCACAAUUUGAUGGUAUUAAUGUGCAACAAGUACAGAGUAAUCUGACUAGUUUGUCUUCCGAUCUUAAUGCUCUCAUUACGUCAGCUCAAGUGGUUGACAAGAAAGACGAUGUAAAAGAAGCAGUGGUUGAAAGUGAAAACGCCAUUGUUUUAGAAACCGUUACAGAAGGUGAAGUACACAAAGAGGAAAAAGAAGAGAGUAAUAUCGGUAAAUUGAUGGAGCACAUCAAUGAGUUUGUGUCUCAAGAUACCAUAGAAGUUAUCAACAAAAUAGCGAUCUUAUCAAACGUUAUCGAUGCCGAUAAAACAGUGAAGCUAGCAACAGAACUAAAAGAAAAUAUUUCGGCUAUUAUGUUACCACCAGAAAUCCGUUUAUCCGAAGAAACUCUCAAAGAAAAUCUUAGCAAAUCAGAUAUAUCUUUGGCAUUUGAACUUCAGCAGGCUUUGUCGAUUGUAACAACGGAAAUCUACGAAAAAGCUGAAGAACUCGCUUCACAAUUUGAUGGUAUUAAUGUGCAACAAGUACAGAGUAAUCUGACCAGUUUGUCUUCCGAUCUUAAUGCUCUCAUUACGUCAGCUCAAGUGGUUGACAAGAAAGACGAUGUAAAAGAAGCAGUGGUUGAAAGUGAAAACGCCAUUGUUUUAGAAACCGUUACAGAAGGCGAAGCACACAAAAAGGAAAGAGAUGAGAGUAAUAUCGGUAAAAUGAUGGAGCACAUCAAUGAGUUUGUGUCUCAAGAUACCAUAGAAGUUAUCAACAAAAUAGCGAUCUCAUCAAACGUUAUCGAUGCCGAUAAAACAGUGAAGCUAGCAACAGAACUUAAAGAAAAUAUUUCGGCUAUUAUGUUACCACCAGAAAUCCAUUUAUCCGAAGAAACUCUCAAAGAAAAUCUUAGCAAAUCAGAUAUAUCUUUGGCAUUUGAACUUCAGCAGGCUUUGUCGAUUGUAACAACGGAAAUCUACGAAAAAGCUGAAGAACUCGCUUCACAAUUUGAUGGUAUUAAUGUGCAACAAGUACAGAGUAAUCUGACUAGUUUGUCUUCCGAUCUUAAUGCUCUCAUUACGUCAGCUCAAGUGGUUGACAAGAAAGACGAUGUAAAAGAAGCAGUGGUUGAAAGUGAAAAUGCCAUUAAUUUGGAAACGGUAACAGAAGGAGUGACCCAAAAAGUAGAAAGAGAAGAGUUAGAUAUCGAUGAUGACGAAACAAAAAACACAUUACACAAUCUCAAAUCACUGCUUAAGGAAGUAAGUGAUAAAAUCAACAUGUUAGCAACUUCUAAAACAGCUGAAGAUAUAGAAACUUUGCAAAAUACUCUAGACGAAAUUCAAGCCGUUAUUAUUGAAUUGAAAAGGGAUUAUAUUGAGUCUGUCAAUGAUACUCUAAAUGAAAGUCUUCAAGAUUUAGAGUGCAGUGUCAGGAGUGUUCAACUACUAAUAAAUGAAGAAAGUCCUCCAGAACUUGUUAAAGAAGCUUGUGAAACUUUGCAGCUCCUAGUAUCUAAUAUGUGCGAAAUGCAUGAAUUUCAAGUAGUUCCAACCACGUCACAUAAAGAAAAAUUAAGUAACAUUAUUAGAUUAUGUUCCAAUGAUACUGAAGAGACUAUUCAUCUUUUGGAAUCAGCAUUGAGUAUGAAAUCUGAUAAUGAAAGUGAAUUCGAUAGACUGUAUACGUAUGUUAAUGAAUUGAAGCUUGUCAUCAAAUCAUUAAAAGUUAGUUUUGCAGAUAAUUCUGAAAACUUAAUUGAAAAAGGCAUUGAAAUCAUGCAAAACUUGGACCAAAUAGAAGAUCAGGUGUUUGGUCUAGAGAAAGAAGUAGACAUUUAUAAAAACCUCACUCCCAUACAAAGGGAUAGCAUAGUAACUGCCAUCCAUUCUGUUUAUGGAUCCAUUUCAAAUAUGAGAAGUGCAAUGUCGAGUGUGCAAAAACAUUACAUGUAUGAAAAUUACGGAAAAUCUUCCGAACUAAUUUUAAACGCAUUGAAAUCUAUUACUUUUAUUGCAAAUAAAACUGAUAAAAAAUGGAAAACUUUGAGUAAAUCGUUGCGUAAAGUUUUAAAUCAUUUCGAGGAUAUAAAAUUUUAUAUAAACUUUGACAAAACUGCAAGAAUUCCCGGUGAUGCUGCAUUUACUAAAAUAAUAUUACUGGAUCUAAAAGCUGCAAUUGAAUCAUUAAUAUUUGAACAUGAUAAAGAUUUUGGUGAAGAUAUUACCUUUAAUACUAAAUGUUUAGUCGAGUGCCUUGAAAUGAAUCUUCUCAAAAUGGAAAGUAAAUCGAAUUUACAAGUCAAAGAAAAAAUACCAAUUUUUAAAAGUAUUGGUAAAAAAAUAUGUGCACUUGCAUCAUCUAUUAAGGAAUAUUUAGAGGUAUCUGAAAAAAAAGAAAACAUCAAUACUAUUGAAGCUUUGCAGUGUCAGGAUUCAUUUAACAUCGCGACAAAUAAAUUAUUUAAGGAAUCCUUAUUGGUUAAAGGCCCAAUUGACGGUGAACAUAUAGAAGAUGCACUUAAAGACGUAUUAGGAGUUUCGAUUGAAAAAAUGCCUUUCAUCGAAAAAGAUAGCCAUGAAAAUUUCAGUGUUAGCAAAGAAGAAAAAGAUGCAAUUCAGUAUUCUUCAAAUAUUAUUAAAAAUGUUAAAGUGCCUUCUGGAGAUUUAAAUUCAACAGAUGUUAUCGACAAAAAAGAAAAAACCGAAAACACUGGAUUUACAAUAAAUACCCAUGCAGUCGACUUUACUUUGGAAAUUUUGCCGGAAACGAUUAUGACCGAAAAUAUACCAGAGGUAUCUACCUUAAACCUAGAAGCAUCCAAGCCUUUAGAAGCGCCCUUACUGCAAAUUAUAGACACCGGUAUUUUGUAUAAGGCCCAUGUCAAUGAAGCAGUAAUUGGAUUCGUAUUGGAUUCAGAUUCCAAAGAAGGUCAUGCUAUUAGUCAGGACUCAAAAGAAUUCAAAGAAAUUGAAAAGGAAAAGCCUGUAAUAAAUCAAACACCAGAAGUCGAGCCUAAGUUUGAAGAAACUAGCACUUUAAUUGAUCAUAUAAAUGAAACGAACAAAAGGCUUAAAAAAGAUAUAAUGAUCGAUGAAUCUCAAUGUGUUACAAGUAAAGAAUUUUUGCCAAUUGAAGAGAUUUCAGAACCAACUGAUGAACAGGGAAUUUCUUCACAUGUAGAUAAAAAAUCUGAACGCCAAGAACAUGACUUUGUUGCAGAAAAAAUCGGUGAAGGUAUUUCACAGAAAUUUGGCAGUGCUGAUGAAAAUGACGUUGACAUAGAAAAUACUAUUCAAAAAGAUAAAAUGAUUGUAGGUAGGGAAAACGAAAAACAUUUAGAAAAUUAUGAUAAAUUUGAAAAUAACAUUAUGAAAGCUAAUAAAUGCGAUUUAGUUAUUGACCGUGAAAUACUUGACGAUAAAAAUGCAGUAAAAAAAAGUGAUAGACUAUUUGACGAAGAAAAUAAUGAAAUGAAUUUUACAUUAGCCCCCAAAGCUAUCCAUGAACUAGAUUCUCUUAAACAAAUAAACAAUGUUCGAAGUUGCAUAGAAAACGAAAUGAAUGCGGGUGAUAACAAUGAAAUGACACUUAAUAAAGCCAUUGCAAAUGCAGAAAUUUCAGAAAAGGAACAAGACAACGAAUCUUUAAUACUUAACAUUCAAAAAUUGACUACUGAAGUUAAAAGUGGGGUCAAAAUAUUACAAGAUGUUAAUGAAACAGUAGAAAUAAAAGUUGAUUCAAACUCCCAAAUACCGUUGCUGGAGGGUACAAAAUUGGACACAAAUGACGAUAAAAAAAUUCCUAUUAAACAAGAAGUAAAAGAAGUAUUACAAUCAACAAAUUUAUUAGGUGAAGUUGUUCAGAAGAGUUCUUCCGAUGAGGACGUUGUCUCACAAAUCAUAACUUUAAAACAGACUAUUACCAACGAUUAUCAAUUAAAAGAGAAUUUUAAAAAUCAAAAUAAGGAAGAAAAAACUGUACUAGAUCCAAAAGCAGAAAAGAGCAGCAAUAUAAUCGGUUAUAAAAAUGAAGAUAAAACAGAAAUGGAAAACAUUGGGACUAACAAGGAAAGAAAUUGUACUGACGAAGAAGCCACGACGAAUAAACAUCUAUCAGACAAAGAAAAACCUAAACAUAAGAAAAAAGAUGUCAGAAGUAAAAAACAAGUGCAAUCACCACAAAUCGUUGAAAACAAAGUUGAAGAAUCUAAAAGUAGUGAGGUCAAAGAGGUUAAUGUUUUCCAACAGAAAGACACAUUAAAAACCGAAGAAGAGCUAAUACAUAAAUCUAUUGAAGAUGUUAAAGGAAAACCAAAUGAAAAUCAAAGCAGCGAAGUUAGUAAAACCAUUGAUAACAUAAUUUUAGAUAAGGUUUCGGUUCAAGACAGACAAAGCGAAGAAAAAAUAAGAAAAGACAAAGUCGAAAAUAAAAACAUCGAUGUUGAAACAAAUUUGUUUAUGAAAAAUGUAUCUGAAUAUCAAAGAGAAGACAUCCAAAUUUCAGAAACACUGAAAAGCAAUAAUGCGAAUAUCGAGGGCAUACAAAACAUAACAUUUUUCGAAAAAAAUGAUAAUGUUGAUAAUACCAAUGAAUUUGAUUUACAACUUGAUAGUAACAUUAAACGACAAGUUGAUGAACAUAAUGGAGUAAUUUUUAAAGAACUAGAAGAUCCUACUUUGGAGCAAAUAAAUAUGAGGAAACUUAAGAAAAUCGAAGUAACAAGUUAUGACAAGCUGUAUAGUAACGAGGCAGUAAGUGUAGAUAAUUCUUUUAAAAGUGCUGACACGACAACGAAAAACAAUGCCGUCUUUGUAGAUAGAACUAGAAAUUAUUAUGAAAACGAGUUUUUGAGACCACCAGGAUACGUUGAGAGAACUUUUAACAAUGAUCAUUCUAAUUCAGAAUUAGAUAUAACGCAAAGUUAUCCAUUUUAUAAAGCUCAAACUAUAGUGCGAAAUACUCAAUAUGAUUCGCCAUUAAAUACUUGCCAAAUUCAAAGUAAUGAGGCGGUGGACAGAAGAGAUGUCUCGCAUAAGUUAAACGCUUUGAAUGAAACACGGAGUUUCAUAACAGAAAAACGCUCUAAACUUUUACGUGAUGUAAAAAGGAAGCCUGUUUUUUCCACAUAUCUUACUGAUAGAACAGCUGUUGAAGGAUCUAGAGUCAAACUCACCUGUAGUGUAUUAACAACAUUAGAACCAAAAAUUGUGUGGUUUAAGAAUGGUGUUCCACUCGAUAAUAAAUUCAAAUACAGAACAAAAUCAAUUGAUGGCCUGUUGACGAUGGAAGUACUCAAUGCCGAACCGAGUGAUUCUGCCGAAUAUAGUUGCACCGUUGAAACUGAAAACGGAUCAGUUACUACUUCUGCAAUUUUAAAGGUAUAUCCAAGUUUUGAAGUUUCACCCAUACCUCCGACUUUUACAAGAUCUAUAAGAGAUAAGUACCAUCAUGCCGAAAACGAACUGGUGCUAGAAUGUCGUAUUCGAGGACAACCACUUCCUACUAUUACUUGGUUAAAAGACGACAGAUUAAUAAAUAUCACUGAUAGAUAUCAAGCAUAUUACUUAGCUGACGGAGUUUGUAGAUUGACUAUUAGUAAUCCAUCAUCAGAAGACAGUGGCAAAUAUACAUGUAAAGCGGAAAAUUCCAUGUGGUCCGAUCAGAUAAAUCACAUCGUUACAUUCACAGGAAUAGAAUCUCGCUUUGGUCUUCAUUCUACAUCUGGAGAAUCAUCUCGAAUAAACCGUCAAUCAUCGGAAGCACGUCGACCUCAUUUCACAAACGUGUUAACUGACUAUAAAGUUAGUAGUGGAGGCACAAUUGGUUUGCAAGUGGAAAUAAAAGGCUCUCCAACAAGAGUGGAAUGGUUACGCGAAGGUCAUGCAAUUACUGAUAUUUAUAGGAACGCUCAAACUUUUGUAGACCAUGGAUUAUAUACUUUAGCACUAUCCGAUGUCACUGAAAAAGAGUCUGGUAUAUACACCUGUAGAGCUUGGAGUAAGCAAGGAAAUGUUGAUAUGACUGCAGCAAUAACUGUAGUCGAACCAAAUGAAAUCGAUGGUAAGCCAGCAGUUAUAAUUGGUCGCCCUCAGAGGGACGUACUUAUUUCUGUCGGCGAAGAUAUAAAUAUAUCUUUCAGAGUACAAGGAGAACCCAAACCUAAAGUGACUCUAAUGAAAGGUAUACGUGAUAUAACGAAUAGUCCACGGGUCUGUAAAAUGAAAUCGGAUGACUAUAUGAAGUUUACAUUAAAAAGAUCAGUUAUAUCUGAUGCAGGGACAUAUUGCAUUCUUGCAAGAAAUGCCUACGGAUGUGAUAGAGCUUUUGUUACAGUAGUGGUACGACAACGCGCUUCAUCCGAUCACUUGAUAUCUGACUGGACUUAUCCUACUGACUCGACGAUAAUUGUAGAUGAACGCAGGUAUAAAUCUGUACCAAAUCGCAUCCCGGGAGAGCUGAGUGUAGUGGACGGUGGCAGUAACUGGAUAUCACUAGCGUGGCCGAAGGUCGAUCCUGAAGGUGGUGCUCCAGUGUUGGCAUACAAAAUUGAGAGUUGGUUACUGGGAAAAGAAGGAGGAGCUCGCUGGAUAGAACUUGGCAUUACUCCACUGAACUCCUUCGAAGCCUAUAAUCUUAAGCAAGGCGAAGAAUACCAUUUCAGAGUGACUCCAAGAAACAGAUACGGUUGGGGUGAGUCUGUGCAAACAUCGACCUCAGUCGGCAUUGGCUUGGCAGGUGAUAGGCCCGAAUUCGUUGAAGUGCUACCGGGACAGUUGAAAGUUUUGUUCGGGGAGACUGCUACAUUGAAAUGCAGUUUUAAGGGAAAACCUACACCAGAAAUCGUUUGGAUGAAGAAUGGGCAUGAAAUUGACGAAGAAAAUCAAAGAUUAAAGACAUGUAUAAAUAAUUACAACUGUUCUCUGACCAUCCACGAUGUUCAAAUAAAUGAUGAAGCCCGGUACAGCUGCGAAGCCACAAACGUGCACGGCAGAGCAUCAACGUACGCAAGAGUCGCAGUUGUCACCGACAAGAGUAUUUGGGAGGCGGAUACAAAGCUUAAAAGGGAAAGAUCGUCAGAUGGUGGAGAGUGUCCCCCGCAGUUCACAAUGCGACUACGCGACAGGCGCGUGCAAGCCACGUAUCCCGUCCGCCUUACUUGCCAAGUCAUUGGCAGACCACCGCCCCUCGUCACUUGGUACAAGAACGGGAAGGAAGUCAUUGAUGACGAUCGUCGUACGAAAUCGCAGGAUGAGCAUUUCCACACAUUGGAAAUAGCUCCCACGACGCUGGAAGAUGGCGGUGUAUAUGAGGCGACGGCGAGGAACGGCAGCGGCGCGAUCAGCUGUCGCUGCAACCUGGUCGUCGACAAAGGCAUUAGGGCUUACAUUGCACCGGAAUUUUGUUGCGGACUGGAGCCAUUAUAUCAGCUGAGUAUUGGUCAAGAGUUAAGAAUAUCAGCAGUGGUUGAGGCAUAUCCGUCUGUGGGAGUGACGUGGUAUAGAGAUGGAGUGAGACUGCGCCCCAGUCGGAGAGCGGUGAUGACGUUAGACAGGGACGGACAGAUAGAACUAGCAGUGGGCUCAGUCACACAACGGGACGCUGGUGUCUACACGUGCACAGCGUCGAAUGAAGUGGGCAAAGCAUCUACUUCAGGAAAGGUUGAGGUUUUCGGUGAAAGCGACGGAGAGAGGAAACAAGCCAUUCCUAUCGUUAUCUGCUCAGAUGUACCAUAUUCAAGAGAACCGACUUUUAUAAGAAAACCGAGGUCAAGUGAAGCGUACGAAGGUGACACUAUUAUUAUAGAAUGUGAGGUGACAGGUGACCCUAAACCAGACGUGUUUUGGCUCAGGGAUUUUUUGAAGCCAGACUACUACCGAGACGGAUCUCACUUCAAGCGCGUUGGCGACGGCCCUGAGUAUCGUUUCGAGAUCCCGCACGCGAAGCUCGACUACACAGGCGCAUAUUCAGUCGUCGCCAGAAACGUGUAUGGCGAAGCCAAAGCAGUCAUAUCGCUACAAAUUUUGGCUAAAGAUCCCCGUUCAACUGAGGAGGCACAUAAUAUUCGUUACGGUCGGGUAGAAGUGAUUCCUCGUUUUGAGAAGGAGCUAACUGAUUUGUUGUCACAUGACGGGGACGCCGUGGAGUUCGAGUGCCGGGUGACGGGUGAACCUGAGCCUGACAUCAAGUGGUAUCACUACACUAAGAUAAUUCGCGAAUGCUCAGAAUUCGAAACGAGCUAUGAGCUUGGCACUGCGCGGUUGAAGAUCAAGCAAGUGACUGCGGACGACGAGGGCACUUACACCUGCGAAGCCUAUAACUAUCUCGGCAAAGCAAUCUCCAAAGCUUGUCUUGUCGUUUACCCGGCGGGUGAGCCGAAUACUUUGAGCCAAAGGCUACGGCGGCCUCCGGUGUUACUGUCAGCCGCAUCAACUCCGCGGUCAACGCCCGCGCGAUCCAUCUCUCGCACCAGAACACCUGGUCCAGAUCUAAGAAGUCUUUGUAGCCCAGCCCGCGAGAUUGCACCAAAGUUCUAUACGUAUCCUUAUAACAAAGUAGCAGAAGAAGGCGACACGGUCGUUUUCCAAUGUGCGGCGAAGGGCCUUCCCGCGCCGUGGGCGACUUGGGACAAAGAUGGAGUUGUCAUAACCCCCUCCUCUAGGAUAACGAUUAAAGAGAAAGACGAGAUAUUUAGAAUUUUAGAAAUCGACGAGGUAAACAGCGAAGACGUUGGACUGUACAGAGUGACACUGGAAAACGACUACGGCAGGGCAGAGGCGACUGCGAGGCUCGACGUUAUAUCACAAAAAGGAAAAUUCUACGCCAGUGGCAGAUCAUAUAGUGCCUCUCCGAGGAAGUCUCUGCCGUACAAAAGGAGUAUAUACUCCCUUCCGAGACAAGACUGACGAAAACCGAGCUCGAAACUAUUGUUUUUGACGUAGACUUAGUAAAUCGGAGCCCUCAAUUUCAUUAACAUAAUCUGUAAUGGCUGCCGCGUGUGACUCUUAAUAAUAGUUUUACAUCAUUUAUUUAUAUGCAUUUUAUUUAAUACCAAAAAUAUAUUUUUUGUUAUUUUCAAAAACUUUUGAUUUUUACUUGUUAACACUGAUUUCUUGUAGGUGGUGUAUAUUAUACAGUUUUUUUUCUCGAACUGUUCGUUUUUAGCGACUAUGUACUAAAAAGCAGAUAAAUCACUAUGUAGACAUUUAAAUAUUUGAAUGUGUUAUAGUAGCGUAUUAGUCCAAAUUAGUACAC